UGUGUGUGGUGGAACCAGUCGGUACAUUUUAAAAGUGUAGAUGUUUUGCAAAUAAGUCGUUGUCAUGGUAGUGAGUGCUGCAGGUCGGCGCCCUACCUUAUAUUACCUUUUAGAAGUGGAUCAUUGCUGGAUGAUGGCGUUUGUUUCAGAUCUCCUGGUGAACUCACUCAAUGAACUGAUAAAAGCCCAACUGAAGGAGUUUCAGUGGCAUCUGAAGAAUCAUGGUGGUAUUUCAGCUGCUGAGCUGGAGGACACAGAUGUCUUAGAUACAGUAGAUAAGAUAAUGGAGCGUUAUGGACCAGACGGAGCUAUGGAGAUCACACUGAACAUCUUAAGGAAGAUGAAUCAAAACCAUCUGGCUCAACUGCUGGAGUACAAACACAAAGAUGGUCCAGUGACAGUUGACAGUAAAGCUGCUGAUGGUUGUUACACUGAGCUGAGCAUCAGACUGAAGAACAUCUUAAAACAGGACUAUGAGCGGAUAUUGGACGGUAAUUCACAGACUGGCCAUCGGAAAUAUCUGAACGAUAUUUACACUGAUCUCUUCAUAGUAAAGAAUGAGACUGGAGGAGCAGUGACUGAGCAUGAAGUGAGACAAAUUGAAUUAAAUCUCAUCCGAAGUCCUGCUGAGGACUCGCCAAUCAAAUGCAAUGAUGUAUUUAAAGUCCAGUGUGAUCGACGAAACAGAAAAGUGAUGACGAUGGGCAUUGCUGGGGUGGGAAAAACUGUCUCAGUUAAUAAAUUCAUUCUUGACUGGGCUGAAGGAAAGGAAAAUCAGGAAAUCGUCUUUGUUUUUCCUCUGCCUUUCCGUCAGCUGAAUUUGAUUCAAAAGGAUUACAGCCUAAUGGAUCUGAUUCACGAAUACUUUAGCUGUGUUAAACAACUCCCAUCAUUACCUGAAGAUGAAGGUAAAGUCAUGUUCGUCUUUGAUGGCCUGGAUGAGUGUCGAUUCCCUUUAAGCUUUGAGAAGAGCCAGAGAUUGACAGAUGUACAUGAAAAAACAACAGUGGGUGUCAUUGUUACAAACCUGAUUAAGAAAAAUCUGCUUCCUUUUUCUCUCAUCUGGAUCACCUCCAGACCAGCAGCAGCCAAUCAGAUCCCUCGAGACUACAUUGAUCAGAUGACAGAGGUCCGAGGAUUCAACGAUGAGCAAAAGGAAAAAUACUUCACUAAAAACAGCAAACCUGAUGUGGCAGAGAAAAUCAUCUCACACAUGAGAAAAUCCAGGAGUCUUUACAUCAUGUGUCAAAUUCCUGUCUUCUGCUGGAUCUCUCUCUGUGUUUUUCAACCUCUGCUGACUAAAGAGGAUCAUGACAAAAUUCCCACAACCCUCACAGGGAUGUACAUAUACUUCUUACUUUCUCAGAUGCAGCAAAUGAAAAAGAAAUACCAUGAUGGUCUUCCAAUAUCUUUUAAAGAUGUGGUUCUGAAGCUCAGUAAACUGGCCUUUAAACAGCUUCAGAAAGGAAACCUGAUUUUCUAUGAAGAAGAUCUUCAGAAAUGUGGGCUGGAUGUCAGUGAAGGUCUUGUUUACUCCGGGUUGUGCACUCAGAUUUUUCAAAGAGAAAAGCCAGUUUCUGGGAGAAAUGUGUACAGCUUUGUACAUCUCAGCAUUCAGGAAUUCCUCGCUGCUCUCUAUGCAAUUAUAAUUUACAAAGAUAAAAAAACAAAUCCAUUCCCUGUCUCUCUGGGUGAAAAAGUGCAAUGGAUAUUUAAAUGUUCACUGUUAGAGCUUCAUAAGAGUGCAAUUGAGAAUGCUCUUCAGAGCAAGAACGGACACCUGGACCUUCUCCUCCGGUUCCUCAUGGGUCUUUCACUGAAGUCCAGUCAGAAUGAGCUGAUGGAACUUCUGCCCACACUGAAGAUUACAAAUGAAGAAGAAAACAUAACAGACACUGCUGAUUAUAUCAAAAUGAAAAUUGAGGAAGCAAAAUCAGAAGAGAGGAGAAUCAAUCUCUUCUACUGCUUGAGUGAACUGAAAGAUUAUUCACUGAUCACAAAAAUCCAGAAGUAUCUGAAUUCAGGAGAUCUUUCAGCUCAGAGUCUUUCUUCUGUUCAGUGGUCUGCUCUGGUGUUUGUGCUGCUGAUGUCAGAAGAGAUUCAAGAGACGUUUGAGCUGCAGAAGUACAGAAGAUCUGAUGAAGCACUGAUUCGACUAUUGCCAGUGAUCAAACAAACCAAAAGAGCUCUUCUACAGAGCUGUAAUCUGACUGGCAAGUGUUGUGAAAGUUUAUCUUCAUGUCUACAAUCAUCAUGGUGUCUCCUGAGAGAUCUGGACUUGAGUAACAAUGACCUGCAGGAUUCAGGAGUGAAGCUCAUCUCUGAUGCUCUCAAGAGUCCAGACUGUAAACUAGAGAUACUGAGAUUGUCCAGCUGUAAUCUGACUGCUGAGUGUUGUAAAAGUUUAUCUUCAUGUCUACAAUCACCGUGGUGUCUCCUGAGAGAUCUGGACCUGAGUUACAAUGACCUGAAGGAUUCAGGAGUGAAGCUCAUCUCUGAUGCUCUCAAGAGUCCUAACUGUAAGCUACAGAUACUGAGAUUGUCAAUGUGUAAUCUGACCGGUGAGUGCUACAAAAGUUUAUCUUCAUGUCUUCAAUCCUCAAACUCCUCUGUGAGAGAUCUGGAUGUGAGUAACAAUGACCUGCAGGAUUCAGGAGUGAAGCUCAUCUCUGAUGCUCUCAGGAGCCCAAACUGUAAACUACACAGACUGAGUUUAUCUGGCUGUAAUCUGACUGCUGAGUGUUGUAAAAGUUUCUCUUCAUGUCUACAAUCAUCAUGGUGUCUCCUGAGAGAUCUGGAUGUGAGUAACAAUGACCUGCAGGAUUCAGGAGUGAAGCUCCUCUCUGAUGCUCUCAAGAGUCCAGACUGUAAACUAGAGAUAAUGAGAUUGUCCUUGUGUAAUCUAACUGCUGAGUGUUGUGAAAGUUUAUCUUCAUGUCUUCAAUCCUCAAACUCCUCUGUGAGAGAUCUGGAUGUGAGUAACAAUGACCUGCAGGAUUCAGGAGUGAAGCUCAUCUCUGAUGCUCUCAAGAGUCCAGACUGUAAACUACACACACUGAGAUUAUCAGGUUGUAUGGUGACAGAUGAAGGUUGUUGUUAUUUGGCUUCAGCUCUGAGUUCAAACCCAUCAUCACACCUGAGAGAGCUGGAUCUGAGCUACAAUCACCCACAACACUCAGGACAUCAGAUGCUCUCUCAGAGAGUCAGUGAUCCCAAGUGUACACUGGAGAAACUCAAUUUAGAUCAUGGGGAGGAAUUCAGAAUCAAAGCAGGACUAUACAAGUAUGCCUGUAAUCUCACACUGGAUCCAAGCACGGCAAACAUUCAUCUUGUUCUGUCUGAGGACAACAGAAAGAUAACACGUGUGAUUGAGUCUCAGCCGUAUCGUGACGGUCCAGACAGAUUUGAUUUACCUCAGGUUUUGUGUAAAGAGCGUCUGGCUGGACGCUGUUACUGGGAGGCUGAAUGGAGUGGAUUUGGUGUUUUUAUAUCAGUGUCAUAUAAAAGCAUCUACAGGAAAGGAAAGACUGUUGAAAGUGAGUUAGGAUUCAAUGCACAAUCAUGGAGUCUGCUCUUUGUUGAUCAUGGCUUCAUUGCAUGUCACAAUAAUAAGGAAACAGCGCAUAGCACACGUGCCCCUUUUCACCUCUCUAAUAGAGUAGGAGUUUAUCUGGACUGGUCAGCGGGCACUCUGUCCUUCUACAGCGUCUCUGAUACACAAACACUCACACACUUACACACAUUCAACACAACAUUUACUGAACCUCUAUAUGCUGGAUUUAAGAUUCAUUUUAACUCCUCAGUGUCUCUUUGUGAGAUCAUACAGAAUCCAGUGAGAAACAGUAGAGAUGUCAUAUACUCUUCAUUCUCAAUGUAACACACAUACAUUCAAGUCGAUUCAAUUUCAAUUCAGUUUUAUUUACAUAGCACUUUUCUCAAUUGUUCCAAAGCCACUUUACAUUGAUUUCUUUGUCCUUUCUCUUGUUUUUAUUAAAGACAACAAAAGUUGCAAAGUACAGUGUCUAAGAUUGACAUAGAAGAAAGUAAAGCCAAUGUCAGCUGACUCCUAUGGGGUUAAAAAAAACUUCAGGCAGAAAAAAACCCUGUGAGAAAAAAGUCCAAUGGGAGAAUAAAAUCCAAUUGAGAGAGAGCCAGACAUCUAUGGAAGAUAUACUAUAUAUUAGAUUUAAUACUAUAUAACAUUUUAUGGAAAUACAUUUUUUUAAAUCAGCUAAAACAUCAGCUGGGCAUUUUGAUGAUGGGGGGCAAGUAGAUCAGUUGUAUGAUCACGGCAGCUGAAACAGAAUCAGAGAGUGCAUACAACUGAGAGGAUUUUUAACAUGUAUUCAUUUAUUUGAAAUGCCAGAAGAACAAAUUAUCCACAAUAUCAUCUGCCAAGCAAUGCUAUUUCUAAAUUGGCUGAAUGAAAUAAAAGACGACUUUGAGUCUUCUUUAACCCAGAGUAAAAUUAUUUAAAUUAGAAGAUGUAGAAUGAGACACACUUUAUCAGUUUAAGUCUAAACUAUAUUCUCAUCUCUUUAACCAUGCAUUCAAAUAAUUCAAUUACAUAUUUAUGCAAUGUAAUACAUGUAAUGCUAAAUUAAUGUGUGUGUGUGUGUUCCGUUGCAGUCAACUAUGGUGGCAUACAUGUGAUGUCUAUGGGUUCAAACCCUUUAUAAAUCUGUUUUUGUUUCUUUCAACAAGUUAUGGUUAUCUGAUGUUGGCUGAUCGAUGUGAUUAUUAGAAAUGGAAUUUUGAGAAAAAUGGGUUUAAAGAGAUACAAUGAAAUAAAAAUAACAACCAAGUUUUACAAGUCACUUUACUGUGGUUAAAGGUUCAUUUAAGUUACUAUACAUGGUGUGAAAAAUACAAAAUACAAAAACUUGACAAAUAUAAAGUUCCGAAAACCAAAAAGUAAUGCUGGGGAACGUUUUGGGAACCAAAAGUGUUAGCUGGGUGGUCCAUUAUCCUACUGCACAAAUCAAAUAUUUUGCAGCCAGGGUAUAAACUUAAAUUGUAAGUUAUGAAAAAUAAAAUAUAUUUCCCCAUUUACCUCUGAGUAAUUCGUUGCAAAAAAGCAUUAGCAAAUGCAAACAUCAAUACUUUAGAAGAUGUGAAUCAUCAUCGAGUCCAGAUGCAAGUUGUUCUUUACGAUUCUUUUAAAUUUGGUGAACAGAGCCGGUUCAAAUGAAUGAUUCAAUCGCGCAAUGAACAUUACUACUAAACCGAAACCAAAAGUUAUCUUCCGCUUAAGAAAACGUGUCUCUUC